AUGUUCGCAGCUUCGUCGCAGAUCUUCUCAAAGAUAAUCACGUUUUGUAAGACGCUCGCGCAGGUUGGGGUGUCGCUCGGGAUGCUCGUGCUUUUGGGGCUUUACACAUACCAAUCAUCCUUGAUCUAUCCUGCACUGUUGAACGAUGGGCAUGGGUACUGUUCCACGCCAGAUGAGUACGACAUGAACUACGAGCUAGUUUCGUUGAAGACUCCGGACGGUGAAACAUUGCAGUGCUAUCUGUUGAAACACGAUCAGCUGUCAUCCGAUUACUCGAACAAAACCAUCUUGAUUCUAUCACCCAAUGCUGGGAACAUAGGGCAUGCGCUUCCCAUAGUUUCGCUCUUCUAUAAACAGUUUGGGUACAAUGUGUUUAUUUACUCCUACAGGGGGUACGGGAAGUCCACAGGAACUCCCUCAGAAAAGGGCUUGAAGGUGGACGCUCAAAGGGUUAUGGAAUACCUAACCACUGAGGACCGCCAGUUCAGCCUGUCCUCCUUGGUGUUGUACUGUAGAUCGCUUGGCGGAGCGGUGGGAAUCUACCUAGCUGCCACCAUGCUGACUUCUAUACAUGGGGUCAUCUUGGAAAACACAUUCCUCUCCAUUAAGAAGACGGUACCGCAUAUCUUUCCUUUCUUGAAGUACUUCACGUCGUUUGUGCAUCAGACCUGGGACCUGGAACUGCUCGUCCCACUCAUUCCAUCCAAGAUCCCUGUGCUCCUCUUGAGCGGGAGAAAGGACGAGAUAGUGCCUCCAUCCCACAUGGACAAGAUCUUCGAGUUGUUGAAGAGCGAUGACAAGGCAAUGCACAAGUUUGAGAACUCCAAGCACAACGAUACGGUGAUGCAACCGGGCUACUGGGUGUUGAUCCAAAACUUCAUAAGGGACAAGAUCAACCCGGUAGGGUACUAG